AUGGAGGCGCCGCUGCACCAGUUCCCCGUACCGCCGCCGCCCCUGCCGCAGGACGCGUUGCUGCAGCAAGCGGUGGCGGCGGGCGCGCUGAUGAUGGCCGCCGGGAACAAGGCGCCUUCGGCCACGGCGGCGGGGCCGGGACCGGGGCGGGAACAGUGCCCGCGGUGCGCGUCGCGGGACACCAAGUUCUGCUACUACAACAACUACAACACGGCGCAGCCGCGGCACUUCUGCCGCGCGUGCCGCCGCUACUGGACGCUCGGGGGAUCCCUCCGCAACGUCCCCGUGGGCGGGUCCACGCGCAAGCGCCCGCGACCGCGCCCGGCGCGCCCCACUCGCGCCAUGGCCGCCGCCGUCGCCGCCGCCAUGGCCACGCCUUCAUCAACAACAACGACGACGACCGCCUCGGCCGGCAGCAGCCCGUUCGCCUCCCCAGCACCGCUGCUGCAGGGCGCGGGAGGCGGCGGCCUCCUCGUCAGCUCGCUGCUGCUGGGCUCGGUGUCCGCGUCGGCGGCGUCGGCGUUGGCGUCACCGCUGCUCGCGCUCGGCACAGCGCCGCUGCUGGAAGGCCGGCUCGGCUUCGACCUCGGCCUCGGGGAUGCAGCGCUAGGCGCCGCCGCCGACGGGGCAGCUGCCGACUUGGCUUACCACCAGCAACUGUCGCUGGGCGCCGGGCCGCUCCCGUGGCCCGCGGCGACAGCGACGAUCUUGGAGGGCGACCGCGCGGAGAUGACGACGACGUGGAAAGCCGCUAGUAGCGUGUUCCCCUUCGCCGGGGCCGGCGCGCUGUGGCAGGAGCUCGCCGCGGCGGCGUCGGCAGUGGAGGCCGCCGGGCUGCACCACGGCGGCGCCCCGCACCUGCUCCUGUGA